AUCAAAGAUCUAUAAUAAUUCUCCUGGUCCGCAAAUUGCGGACCAAGAUCUGUCCUCCAGUAUCGGAGCCUAAUACAAAGAUCUACUGUUCUCGUUCAGAUCGCCUGCGUUACAUUAACCUGGAUGGCGGCGAUUCCUAUGGCGAUGCCGGUUCCGGCGGCGGCGGGGUCCGUGUGCGGGCCGGUGGUGGUGGUUGGGCAGCAGUUCUGCGCUCCCUACGUCGUCGAUCUAACCGUCACGAAGAAGGCGCUCAGCCUGUCGGACAGCGACUUCGCAGUGACGGACAUCAACGGCAACGUGGUGCUCAAGGUGAAGGGCGUCGUCUUCAGCCUCCGCGAUCGCGCCGUCCUCGUUGACGCCGCCAACAAUCCGGUCCUCACCAUGCAACAAAAGAUGUUCAGCAUGCACAGAAGAUGGCAAGUGUUCAGAGGCGAGGGCACAAAUCCUGAAAAUUUGUUAUUUAGCGUAAAGAAGUCAAAGUUGUUUCAACUAAAAACAGAGCUGGACGUGAUCAUGGCAAGCAACCCCAACGAGGACGAAUGCGAUUUCAAGAUCAAGGGGAGCUACUUUGAGAGAUCAUGCACUGUGUGCCUCGGAAACUCCGAUAGUAUUAUCGCCCAAAUGAACCGUAAAUAUACAGUGAAGAAUGUGAUUUUGGGGAAGGAUACAUUUGGCGUGACGGUGUAUCCAAACGUGGACUACGCCUUCAUUGCUUCGCUCGUUGUUAUUCUCGAUGAGAUUAACAAAGAUAGAACCGGAGACGACUGAAAAGACACAGUCGCUAUUUGUCAUGCAAUCUAUGUAAAUUCACUUUAUCUGUCAUUUGGCUUCUCAGUUAUGAUGGUAUAUUUUUUCCGUAUUAAUUCUGGGACAGAUGAACGGAAAUGUUGAGAGUGAAUGUAUUCUGUCUUUUAUCAUAUAAUUAUAAAUACCGUGCUAGUCGUGUUUGCCUGAA